AUGGAGGUUUCUGCGGACGGAGGAUUCUCCGGCGAUUGGGGGGAAAUAGUUUCAGAGAAGGUUGUGUCUGCUUAUAUCUCUCUUCCGAAGAAAGGAAAACCUCAGGGACGUGAAGUCACCGUCCUAUCGGCUUUCCUUGUCUCUUCUCCUUCCCAAGAACCGGAAGUUAUAGCGUUAGGGACGGGGACUAAGUGCGUUAGUCGGUCGCUGUUGAGUCCCCGUGGAGACAUUGUGAACGAUUCUCAUGCCGAAGUUGUCGCCAGAAGAGCUCUGAUCAGGUUCUUCUAUUCCGAGAUUCAGCGGAUGCAAGGGACUUCGGACAAGAGAAGAUGUUGUAAUGAAGCCAAGCGUCAGAGAAAUGAUAUCGAAACUAGUUCAGUACUAGAGUUAGAUCCAAGCUGUCGUGGAGAAGUGAAAUAUAAGCUGAAAUCUGGGUGCCAUUUGCAUAUGUACAUUUCUCAAUUGCCAUGUGGUUAUGCUUCUACUAGUUCACCGUUGUAUGCACUGAAAAAGAUUCCGUCAACAGAAGUAGAUGAGUCAUUGUUAGAUAAAGGUUCUGAUAUUUGCUCGUCAAGGUGUUUUGAAGUUCCAGAGAUAUGUAAUGGCAACAAAGGUAAUGGCUCACAAGUAACAGAUAUGGUACAAAGAAAGCCUGGUCGUGGUGAAACAACACUCUCUGUUAGCUGUUCCGAUAAGAUAGCUCGAUGGAAUUUUCUUGGAGUUCAAGGGGCAUUGCUUUGCCAAGUUCUUCAGCCUCUGUAUAUUUCUACAAUCACCGUUGGACAAUCUCUGCACUGCCCUGACAAUUUUUCUUUGGCUGAUCACUUGCGAAGAUCUUUGUAUGAGAGGAUCCUUCCAUUAUCGGAUGACAUACUGACUUCUUUCCGUUUGAACAAGCCACUGUUUUUUGUAGCUCCAGUACCACCAUCAGAAUUUCAGCAUUUAGAAACUGCUCAAGCUACCUUAACAUGCGGAUAUUCUUUGUGUUGGAACCGAUCUGGCUUACACGAAGUUAUUCUUGGAACAACCGGUAGAAAGCAAGGCACCUCAGCUAAAGGAGCUCUGUAUCCGUCUACUCAAUCAUCUAUAUGCAAACAGCGGUUACUGGAGCUGUUCUUGAAAGAAACACAUGGACAUGCCAGUGAAUCUUCCAAGUCAAAAGGAUCUUACCGAGAACUGAAGGACAAAGCUACCAAAUAUUCUUUGAUGUCAAAGAUUUUUAAAGGAAAGUAUCCAUUCAAGAAUUGGCUAACAAAACCCUUGCAUUACGAGGAUUUCCUGAUAAAUUAG